AUGCCCUUCCUCGCACUCGCCCCCGACGUCCUCCAGCCCAUCGUCGGCCUCCUCCCCACCCCCGACGCCCUCAGCCUCGCCCGCGUCUCCCACUCCGCCCACGCCCUCGCCCUCCCCCGCAUCCUCGCCCACAUCACCCUCGGCGGCGCCUUCCACCGCCCCGUCCAUGCUCUCUCCCCCAACGCCCAGCUCCGCGCCUUCUGCGCCUCCGUCCUCGCCCACCCCGUCCGCGCCCCGCUCGUCCGCUCCAUCGAGCUCCGCCGCGACGCCGUCCGCCGCGAGCGCACCUACGAAACAGACCCCGACGCCGUCCGCCUGCUCGCCCACGUCCUGACCCGCGCGCGCGGCCUCCAGCGCGCAACCCUCUGGGGCCUCACCCAGCUCGUCGACGCGUGCCCCUCCAUCGUCGACGCCCUCGCCCGCUGCGACCGCCUCACCACCGUCGUCCUCGGCGGCGACGUCCCCGCCCUCGCCGUCCUCCAGCGCGCCUUCCCGCACGUCCGCACCCUCGAGUUCGUCGAGGGCGCGUGCUUCGCCCCCGGCUCCCCUGCCGCAGCCGCCUCUCGCGGAUGCGGAUGGCACGCCCUCGACCGUCUCUCCGCCGCCCGCCCGCCCGCCCCCACGCCCUCCGCCCCCGUCCGCACGCGCCGGCUCACCCUCCGGGACCCGGUCCCCAACGACGAGUCCGCCAUCGCGCGGACCCUCGCGUUCAUCAAGCACGCGCGCCCCCUCGUGCUCAGCCUCGCCGUCGCCGCGGACGUGCCGGACGCCGCCUUCGUCGAGCGGCUCCACGAGGCCUGCACAGGCGACGGCACGGCCGGGUCCGCCGGCGUGCGCUUCCUCGAGCUCAGCCUGAGCGGCUGCCGGAGCCUCGCGCGGGUCGAGAGUUGGAUGGUGAGUGCUCCGUCCGUCCACCCUCCAUCCACGCGCUCCGCUCCCCCGAACCCCGCUGACAUGACAUUGACACCUUCCCCCCCCCAGACACACACCGCGCCCCACCUCUCCGCCCUCCCCCUCGCAGGGCUCGCCCUCCGCAGCAGCACCCCCGCCGCCUUCCCCACGCCGCGGCCCACCCCCGCCGCCUCCCCGCUCUCCAGCCCGCCCCUCCUGCCCGCCGACCCUGCCGCCGACGUCGACGCGCUCGCGCUCGACCCGGACGACCGCGCGCAGACGGUGUACGGCGCGGUGCGGCGCGCGCCGCCCGGUGUCGCGGGCCUCGCGCGCGCGGUGGGCGACGCGCUGCCCGGGGUGAGGUGGCUCGCGCUCGCGCCGGGCGGGCCUGUCGAAGACGAGCAGAACGGGGGCGGGAACCCGAAGGCGGACGUGCGCGUGCGAUGUGAGUGGUUCGAGGUGGUUGGCAAGGGGAGGACACGGGCGCGGUGUGUGGGAGAGGAGGAGGCGGUGCGCGUGCGGAGGAGGCUGGAGGGGAUGGGGCGGUGGGAUUGA